AUGCGCUUUGCCGCUGCCACCGUGUGGCUCGCGUGCCCUUCUGGCCUCAAGUUUGUCUCCGACCCUCUCAUGUACAGUUUAAGCAGUGUCAUCUCGACUAGGUUCUUCUUGGGACUACGGCAAUUGGUACCCGCACCCACCGUUCAAGCGCACCAUACCACCUCCUUAGAGGGCUCGCUGUUUGUCGACACGUAUAGCUAUCCCAUGGCAAGGACGCGCAAUGUUGAUUCCGGUGCAUCCAAAUUAUCAAACGCUCUUUCAUAG